AUGUUGUUCAUAUACAACGUCCUCGCUCUCCUAGGGCUGUUGUGCUCCGCCAUAUCUACAGCGGCGGCGGCGGCGGCAGCAGAGCGGCCAGCCCUGCCGCUACACACCAGCAGCCGCUGGAUCCUCGACGCCAACAACGCCCGUGUCAAGCUGCGCUGCGUCAAUUGGGCCGGGCACCUCGAGACCAACGUGCCCGAGGGCCUGCACCGGCAGUCGGUCGAGUGGCUCGCCGGCUGGAUCGCGGACCAGGGCUUCAACUGCGUGCGCCUGACCUACUCGAUCGACCACGCCCUCGACCCGGACCGCCCCGUCGCCGAGUCCUUCGCCGCCGCCGGCGUGCCCCAGCUGUUCGAGGCCGCGGCCGCCCGGAACCCGUUCCUCGUCGAGGGAGGACAGAGUAGUAAUAAUAAUACGACGACGACGACGACGCGCGACGUCUUCGCCCGCGUCAUCGCCGCCCUCUGGGACCGCGGCAUCAUGACCGUGCUCGACAACCACGUCUCGCGCGCGGGCUGGUGCUGCAACCUCACCGACGGCAACGGCUGGUGGGACGCGGCGCCGGGCUACAACGCCGCCAACUCGCGCUUCUUCCGCACCGACGACUGGCUCCGCGGGCUCGAGGCCGUGGCCCGCUGGGCCGCCACCCGCCCGGGCGUCGCCGCCAUGUCCCUGCGCAACGAGCUGCGGCCCUUCCUGCUGCAGGACCUCGGGCUGCCCCCGCGCGCCGACUGGUACGAGUACGUCGGCCGGGGCGCGCGCCGCGUGCACGCCGCCAACCCGGACGUGCUCGUCGUCGUCGGCGGGUCCCAGUCCGCGACGGACCUCGGCCACCUGCGCGCCGCGCGCCCGCUCGACACGAGCGCCUGGCGGGGGAAGAACGUGUGGGAGUUCCACGCGUACAGCUUCACCGUCACGUUCCCCCGGCUGUUCGACAGCUGCGACGUCGUGCGGCAGGAGUACGGCCUGCUGGACGGGUUCGUGCUGGAGCAGGGGAGGGACUGGACGGGCCCGCUCUUCCUGAGCGAGUUCGGCGUCGGGAUGGCCGGCGGCGGGCCUCUGUCGGACGAGGACGCCAAGUACCUGUCGUGCCUGGUGGGCUACAUGGAGGGCAACGACGCCGAGUGGGCGGUGUGGGCGCUGCAGGGGAGCUACUACGUGCGGGACGGGCAGGUCGACUACGACGAGGGCUGGGGCCUGCUGAACAAGGAGUGGACGGGCUGGAGGAAUCCCGAGUUCAAGGGGAUGCUGGGCAAGAUGUGGGAGGUGCAGCAGGGGCCGUGA